CUGUUAUACUAAUGGAUCAUAUUUUUUUGAUGCUGAUAUUACAGGAGCCAGUAACAGUAUCAUGUGUGUGUUAUUUGAUACUACUCUGAAUGGUGGAGAAUGGGUUAAUGUUACUAGUGGAUCAUCAGUUAACUGCAGUACUAAUCCUCUUCGUUGUAAUGAGGUAUCUUCACCUAAUGCUAACAUCAGUCUUUACAUUGAUGGAGGCUUUACACCAUCUGAUGAUGGCUGGUACAAGUGUUGUCUACCCACUAAUUGUUCUGAUUCUAACACUAACAUCAUCUUUGCUAAUAUAUUCAGAUGGGUACAGAUUGAAACCAUCACAGUUGACCUUCCCUCAGAUAUAACAGUUCUACCUCAAACAUAUACACUACAUGCCAUUAAAAUUGGUAGUAAUGCUCACAGUUCUUUUUUACAUGCUGCCAAUUGGUACUAUGAGUCUGAUAGCAGUAGUACUCAACUCUGCACUGGACAUAGGGCUUCAUACAGUUGUACAUUCAUGUAUGGUGAUGGAAUGUCAGUAGAUUAUGGUAAUGGAAGGUGGGACUAUACACUAAAUGUUACAUGGAGUGGAGAAAUUAUUACUAAUGGAAUAUUGAGUCAAUCAAACAAUAACGGGGAUCAUGUAUUUAGAUUCUAUUUAAAUUUUGGUCAUAUCCAUCACAGCCCAGUAAUAAGAAUUAGAGACAUUUUUGUAACAGGUAAGUAGCAAUAAAAUGAUUUCAUUAUUUUCUAUAGUGCCAGC